AUGGAUCCAAAGGACGAAGAGCUCACUGCAUUUCGAAUUCCUAAAGGAAUAUACUGUUACAAAGUUAUGCCUUUUGGGUUAAAGAAUGCAGGCGCCAUUUAUAAAAGGGCAAUGCAAAAGAUUUUCGAUGAUGUGCUACAUAGGAAUGUUGAAUGCUAUGUGGAUGAUUUGGUGGUUAAAUCCAAAAAGAGGGUUGAUCAUCUUGAAGAUCUUUGCCAAGUAUUCGAGAGAUUGCGUCGAUAUCAAUUGAGGAUGAAUCCUUUAAAGUGUGCUUUUGGAGUAUCUUCGGGAAAAUUUUUAGGAUUCAUAGUGCACCAUCGUGGGAUUGAAAUUGAUCAAUCAAAAAUAGAUGCAAUCAUGAAAAUGCCUGAGCCAAGCAAUCUCCACGAACUUAAAAGUUUGCAAGGAAGAUUGGCUUAUAUUCGACGCUUCAUAUCAAACUUGGCUGGUAGAUGUCAACCAUUCAGUCGAUUGAUGAAAAAGGAUACGCCUUUUAUUUGGGAUGAGUCUUGUAGUAAUGCUUUUAAAAGCAUAGAGUCUUAUCUACUAAGGCCUCUAAUUUUAAGGGCUCCUACACCAGGACGUCCAUUAAUCCUCUAUGUUGCGGCACAAAAACGCUCUUUAGGAGCACUAUUGGCACCACAAAAUGAUGAAGGAAAGGAAAAUGCACUUUACUACCUUAGUAGAACUCUUAAUGGUGCAGAAUUAAAUUAUUCUCCCAUUGAGAAGACAUGCUUGGCAUUAAUUUUUACCAUAAAGAAAUUAAGGCACUAUUUGCAAGCUCAUUCUGUGCACUUAAUUUCACGAGCAAAUCCCCUCAAGUAUCUUAUGUCAAAAUCAAUGCUAAGUGGGAGAUUGGCAAAAUGGGCUCUUUUGUUACAAGAGUUCGACAUCACAUACAUCCCUCAAAAAGCUGUCAAGGGACAAGCACUUGCAGAUUUUCUUGCAAACCAUCCAAUUCCAGAUGAUUGGAAAUUUUUUGAAGAUCUCCCAGAUGAAGAUGUUCUUUGCAUUGAAAUCCCUAGGCCAUGGAAGCUAUACUUUAAUGGAGCAGCUCGACAAGAUGGGGUAGGUGCAGGAGUCAUUUUUAUCACCCCAGAAGGAGAAGUAUUGCCUUACGCAUUUACUCUCAUCAAAAAUUGUUCCAAUAAUGUGGCAGAAUACCAAGCCUUGAUCAUAGGUUUGGAGAUGGCAGUGGAUAUGCAAAUCACUCAACUUAAGUGGUUUGACAAAACUAGCAUAGAACAUGUGCCUAGAAAAGAAAAUAGGCAAGCAGAUUAUUUGGCUAAUUUAGCGUCAGCAAUUGCCUCACCAAAUACAGAAUUAAAAGUGCAUCUUUGCAAGCGAUGGAUCAUACCACCAAUCACUCUAAGUGAAGAAGUCGACGUAGAGUCUAAUGUCGUCUCAGUCCUUGAAGUGGGAAAAGAAGAUUGGCGACAACCGUUGAGUGACUAUCUAGAGCAUGGCAAGCUUCCUAAUGAUCCAAGACAUAAAACAGAGAUAAAAAGUCGAGCUCCUCGAUUUAUUUAUUUCAAAGAUACACUAUAUUGUCGUUCCUUUGACAGAGUUUUUCUUCGUUAUUUAGGAGAUGAAGAAGCAUACAAGGCUUUACAAAAAGCUCACUCAGGAAUUUGUGGGGCGCAUCAAUCUAGAGCCAAGUUGCACUUCCAAAUCAAAAGAAUGGGGUACUAUUGGCCAACAACGGUGAAGGAUAGCAUGGACUAUGUUAAAAGAUGUCAAGCAUGUCAAUUUCAUGCCAAUUUCAUUCAUCAGCCCCCUGAGCCACUCCACCCAACAGUUACAUCAUGGCCAUUUGAUGCUUGGGGACUCGACUUGGUUGGACCAUUACCUAAGAGUUCCACAGGGCAUCUCUACAUACUCGCAGCCACAGAAUACUUUUCAAAGUGGGCGGAAGCAGCCUCUUAUCGAGAAGUAAAGAAAGAAACUGUUGCUACCUUCAUUAGAACAAAUAUCAUUUAUCGUUAUGGCGUGCCACGAUGCAUCAUAAUAGAUAAUGGAAAACAAUUCAUAAUGGAGAAGUUAUGUGCACAAUUUAACUUCAAUCAAUAUAAUUCUUCUAUGUACCACGCACCAGCAAAUGGGUUAGCAGAAGCUUUUAAUAAGACUUUUUGCAAUCGUCUCAAGAAAGUUGCUAAUCGGGCAAAGAAAGAUUGGCCAGAGAAAAUAGGGGAAGCUUUAUGGGCUUAUUGUACGACAUUUCGUACACCUACUCAAGCAACUCCAUAUUCGCUUGUUUAUGGUGUGGAAGUUGUCCUCCCAUUAGAGCGUCAAAUUCCAUCAUUGAGAAUUGCCAUUCAAGAAGGUCUUUCAAAUGAAGAUAAUGUUCGCCUACGCCUUGAAGAACUUGAAGCAUUGGAUGAGAAAAGGUUGGAAGCACAACAACGCUUAGAAUGUUAUCAAGCUCGAUUGUCUAAAGCUUUCAACAAGAAAGUUAAACCACGAUCGUUCCAAGUGGGAGACUUAGUUCUUGCAGUGCGAAGACCCAUAAACACUACACAUCGUAUGAGUAAUAAAUUUCUCUCAAAAUAG